AUGACAUUGACACCAGCCCAACUGACUGUCAUGAUCAUUAACGCCAGGGAACUGAAUAAGCCAGAGAAACGAUCUGGGGCCCUCAAAGACUUCCAAGCACACAAAGCCUCGAUAGUCAUGAUCCAAGAGACACACUUUAAGAAGGGCGACAGACCUAAACUAUCAAACCAGCACUACCCACAAGGGUACUUCAGCGACUACCAUGGGAGAAAAUCUAGGGGAACCGCCAUACUACUGAACAAGCGAGUGCCGUUCCAGGAGGUGGGGCGCCUAACAGACGAAGAGGGUAGAUUUCUAUUCCUCAAGGGCAAAGUAGCUGGACAAUCUUACACAUUUGCGACCAUAUAUGCCCCCAAUAGACAACACUGCUUCCUCCUCCAAACACUAAACAAACUGCACGCUUUUGCUGAAGGGGUCCUGAUACUCGGGGGCGACUUUAACGUAACACUAGACCCAACAUGGGACUGCUCCAACGGCACAUCCCAUACCCCAACACAACAACUACACUCCCUCAACACCCUCAUACGCAAACACCAGCUAGUCGACUGCUGGAGAGCCCACCUGAUGAAAAGGACGAAAAGGACUUCACAUUCUUCUCCCACCCGCACCAAACCUACAUCAGAAUAG